AAGCAACCUUAAUCCCCCUCCCCUUUCUAACUCUGCAAGGCUGGUGUCUGGGAGUUAGGAACACAGGAACGUGUCACUAUGUUGCCACCUGUUCUAAUGCCACCUGGUCAAUGGAGCUCCUAUAUCCUUUCUAAAGAACCCAGCCCCCUUCCCUGCACCCUCCCCUCUACUCUAAGGUGUCACCGCCCAAAAUCCCUCCCUCCAUCCUACAGGUUCCUAACCAAUGGAUGUCAAAUCUCUUGCCAGAUUGCAUCCAAGAUUUAGGACUCUGAAGACACAGUGGAAGCUCUUGGUUGCCUUGGUGUGGUGUGGCUGGAAGAUCUUUGGUAAAGGCAGAAGAAGACACAGCCAGCAGCUAUGCCCAGAUCCUUCCUAGUGAAGAGCAAGAAGGCUCACAGCUACCACCAGCCCAGAUCCACAGAGGAUGACUACACUCUGAGACAGGAGAGCAUCUUGGCUCAUAUAUGUGCAGAGACCAAGGUCCUUCCUGAGGUCCAAGGUAACUUCUCCCCUGUGUCCUCCAACCUUGAAGAUGUCACUGAUGUAUCCUCAGACUCUCCCCCAAGCUGUGAGGGUAGUGUGUGUGAUACCACAGCCUCUGAGUAUGAAGAUUUCUGGAGACCCCCUUCUCCCUCAGUAUCACCAGCUUCUGAGAGGUCGGCCUGCCCUUCUUUGGACGAGUCUCCACCAUAUCCUCUACCUUUCAAGCCCUUCACGUGGAAUGGUUUGGCAAACUCUGAACUCCGACAGCUGGUGCAGAACUGCAGGCCGGCCGGACUGGACAGGAGUUCGGCUCUGAAUCUCUAUGGUGAGCGGGAGCCACCUGCUCUUCCUCCGCCCCUCUAUAGCACAGACAGACUGUAUGGGGACUUUGGACAAAGCGUGGGGCGUUUUGGGGAGUCCAGGGUGGCCCCUGGGCUCUAUGUGGACAAGGCUCAGAGCAUCAAGAUGGAAUCGGAUCUUCUGUGCACUCGCCUAUUGCUUAACAAUGGCUCUUACAAAUGUCUCAAAUGCAGCAAGGUCUUUUCUACUCCCCACGGACUGGAAGUUCAUGUGCGCAGAUCCCAUAGUGGAACAAGGCCCUUUGCGUGUGAAAUGUGCGGGAAAACAUUUGGUCAUGCGGUCAGCCUGGAGCAACAUAAAGCGGUCCACUCUCAGGAAAGAAGUUUUGAUUGUAAAAUCUGUGGUAAAAGCUUUAAAAGGUCGUCCACACUCUCCACACACCUACUUAUCCACUCGGACACCAGGCCCUAUCCUUGUCAGUAUUGCGGAAAGAGGUUCCACCAGAAAUCAGAUAUGAAAAAACACACGUUCAUACACACAGGAGAAAAACCACACAAAUGCCAGGUAUGUGGCAAGGCCUUCAGUCAGAGUUCCAAUCUCAUCACUCACAGUCGGAAGCACACAGGGUUCAAACCUUUUGGCUGUGACCUAUGUGGUAAAGGUUUCCAGAGAAAAGUGGAUUUGAGGCGACAUCGAGAAACCCAGCACGGUCUCAAAUGAUCACAAACCAGUUGUUUCACAAAUGAAACUUUUACCAAGUGAGAACACUAUGUGAACGUCCACGUGGAAAUCUGUUACUCGUUUACCAGAAUGGACAGCGCUGUUUGCAAAAUUCUCCGUUCAGAGUUAACAGACUGCCCGAAACCAAAGCAUCAUGACCUUUUUGAAAGUAGCAUCUACAUUGACCAAGCUCGUCUCACAAACUCUGAGCAAAACUGUCCACAUAACCUCAGACCCUAAGGAAAUAAAAGCAAGCACAGUGCAGUAGCAUUGCAAUAACAGACAACAACUACAGCUGUACAAUACUGCAAAGAGACAAAGGCAGCAAUGUAAAGUAUCCUAACAGCCUUACAAGACAAUCCUCUGGUAACAACGUAUCAGGGGAAGAUCUAAAAUGCUUCAACGGACGUUGCAUUAAAUAUCUAUUAUUUUGAAGUGUGCUUUUCCCUCUAGAUUCAAUAGACAGCGAUUUCAUGACUCAUAAAGACUAAUCUUUAACAACACGCUUAGAGUCUAUCAUGGAAACAUUUUUCUUUAUCUAGUUAUUUUUAAACAGCUUCUUUAAUCUUCAUAUUCUUUUUUCCUUCAUUAGUCGUGAGUUGUGCGUGUGAGCUGUGCCUCAUGUCUCUGCUAGAAAUCCUUUCAUCAAUGGGCCACAAACAUAUUAACUUCUCCUUACUACCAUUUCAGACAAGGGUCACUCAUGUAUGUAACUCUACCCCUGCACUACGCCUUACAGAUAGCAGAGGUAGGUCUAUCAAACAGGUCAGAUGGAUUGUAGGUAGAUUAUUUGGUGACAAUUGGUGAUUUGUAGUGAUCAGACUAGGUUUCUCCAAUUUUAUGGCAAGA